AUGCAACGCACAUCGGGCGCGAGAGCUGCAAUCGUGCCCAUCCCUCGCUCUCCCGCGGUGCGUGCGCACACCACCACCCUCGGUGGCAAUAGUAGGCCCGGGGCACCCGGCACGCUCUCGAGCCUCGCGAGACCGGGUUCGUACGUAGGGCCUCCGCUGGCAGAGCUCGCUCUCGCAAUUCAAGCACCGACUUCCGCAUCCGGCUUCUCCUUCUCGAUCUCGCGCGAGAAGGCCGGGCGCGUGAUGCGAGGGUCGAUGUGGUGGAAAGAAGGCGCGGCAGAAGCGCGCCGGCGGAACGCCGGUGCGCUCUGCGCCGUCGGAGCCAGUACGGACGAGUGCCCUUCGAAGGCGGCAGUGGGGGGCGCACCGACGCGGGGGAGCGUGCGCACGUCGAGACGGGCGCGGGAAGGAGCUCAUUUCGGUCUCGGGCGGGGAGCGGGAGCGCACGGAGGAGGAUAUGAACACGAACACGAACACGAACACGAACACGAACUCACGAGCUCCGACGAGAGCUCGCUCGCCCAUAGCGACGAGACGAGGGCUGGAUGCCGACAUCCACGCACAGCAGCGGCAGCAGCAGCAGCUGCUGCUGUGAUCGACCUCGAGCGAUCGAGGGCGUCGAAGCCGUGCGAACGCAGCCGUCCGGCCAUCCGUCCGCAACCACGCGUGCCCGCAACGUGGUGGCACAAAGUCGCGCGCGCGCGGCGCGCCAUCAUCAUCAUCGUCGUCGACGCGGGAGGGGUGUGGGGUCCGAGCCAGCAGGACGGAGCCUCGGGCAGACAGACAGACAGACAGACAGCAGCGGGCUCGAGAAGGCCCUGGUGCGAGGGCGGGAGGCGCACCGAGGCGCGAGGCCGUAAUUGCAAGGUUGGCGAUUGCUCAGCGCUCGGCGCCCAGCGCGCGCGGGGAGAUCGUGCGGCGAUAAACCGUCGUGCUGGGCUUUCGGGCGCGGCGCUCAUCACCCCUCGUCGCUCGCUGCUGACCUGGGCUGAGUUGACGUUGAGCGAGGACCAGGCACGCGGACGGACGUACGCAGCAGGACCAGGGGCGCACACAAGGUGCUCCCAAUCGGGCAGCCGUGGUCCAUUUGGAGCGGCACGCGCGGAGCUGAAAGGGACCAGGGUGGGGGCGCGGGGCGAGGCGCGCCGGGGUGUGCCUGCCAAUCUGCCCCCUCGCGCUGAAGCCGGUGACGGGAGUGCGGGAGCGGUGGACAAGACGCGGAGAGCAUGGGUCGGUGCUUCUACAGCGACACUAACACUAGCAUCGGGAGCGCGGGGCGGCGCGGAGGAGGGCGAUCGGGGCGUGCGAUGUCUUCGACCCGUCGUCCACAGGGCAGAGAGGGCUGAUGGCGAAUGGCGUUGGCCGACGACAGAAGACAAACGGGCGUGCCUUGCCUCGACCUCGACCGCCCAGGGGCACUGGAAGAUCGACGGCCACGCCAGUCGAGGCUCAGGGCGGCCGCAACCCAAACGACAAAAACGCGAGCGCACCGCGCGCCGUCCGCCGAGCACGCAUCUGACAUACGGGGCCCCUGCGUCUGAGCGGCGACCGCCCCGGGCAGGGCCCCCAGCAGUCGGGGUGGCGGCGUGGGGCGAGCGCGGCGGGAGAAGGGGGGCGUUCGAAUUCGAAGGACGCGGGGCCCGGCGGCGGUCGUGCGUUGAAACGUCGAAGCCCGCGCGGGAGCGGGAAGAAGGCGACGCUGUGCGCGGGCCAGAAGGGGCUGCAUACAGCGGUGGGGGUGCGCGCGAGGGUCUGCUUCGGCGGACACGGCGCGCGCUAGCGUUGGGCGAAGGAGUGCGAUUCCGCAGGAGGCGGGCCACGAGGGCCCGAGUUGUCAUUCUGUUGCGGGCGGUAGCACCGUCGCGGACUAGCCUGAGUUGCGGUCUCCGCGGAGAGCCCGCACGGAGCACCGGAGCGUGGGGCGCGAAGGUUGGGUGGAUGCAGGGUGAGAUGGGCGUGGAGGGAGGACGCGCACUGGACCCGGGGCUCGCGAAACCUGUGGGCCUGUGCAGUACAAGUCGAUUGAUUGGUGGACGAACGAGCACCGCACGCGCCCGACAGUGGGGACGGGCGCACGCGCAGGCGUUCUUCCGCACCGACGGGACCUCUGCUUGGGGUGCGAGGCGGGAGAGAUCCCGUGCCGAUAUCUACAUCGUCCGGGUCGAGGACCCGCGCCGAGGGCGGUCGACCCGCAGCGCGCGCGGGAGAAGACCCGUCACCCGCGCACGGCGAACGUCCGGCGUGCCCUCCGUUGUUUCAUCCCCGUCCCCCGCGCGGUCCGUCGACGAGCUCACCCGGAGAGACGCACGGAUCCAGGCGCCGGGGCCGGCUAAUAAAUCUGGAUGCGUAGAGAUCGGUACCAGAAAAAGGAGCCGAGGGAGGAGCGAGAUUGGGGGGGAUGCAAAUCGCGGGCGCUUCUACCCGGCCUGGCGGCGACGAUGGGCGGCUCUCUGCUACGUCAUCGGUGCUGAAGCGCUGACGCUUCAGCUCGCACUGCGCCUGGCUCUGCCGUGUUCACGAUCGCGGAAGGCCCUGACCUGCGCAAACCCCCUCCCUGUUUUGGCCCAACGGGUGGCGCCGCAUGCGAACAAACGCCUCGCCGUUCGCAAGCCCCCCAAGCGAGACAGCAGACCGCGCGGUUCCAGACCCUGGACGUCUCCUCGAGCCUUCGCCUUUCCUCCGCGAGGCCUCCUGCCCGGAAUGGCCUCAUUGGCCCUCGCCCGCCCCGCAUCCCAUUGGCUCUCGUUCGCCGACCAAUGGACGCCUGCGCGCGGGUCCGCGGCCCGCUGCGCCACCGUGGGGGAGCGCGCGGCUUCGCGCGGGCAUGUUGCGGAUGACGGUGGAGCUUCCGAUAGCAAACCUCCGCCCAGCAAACGGGAGGGCCUCGGCGCGGGGUCGGCCACUAGCAGGCCUUUAGGACGGCUGCCACGGCCGGGCACGAGGCUACCAGAACCUGUGGCGAGAGUCGUUCUGCUCGCCUCGACUCGCGCUCGGCUUCUUCUUGCUAUCGCGGCGCAACGUGGCUCCUCGGCCGGCUCGCUUCUGCCGCCCGGGGUCCACUGCGGUGUCUCACCGCGACACGACGCGUGGACGCGCGUCGUUCUCUGCACAGCGAGGUGGGAGCGUCCGGCGGUAUUCCCCGACUCCGAAGCCGCCCGUCGACAGAUAGAUUGUCGUGGCUGUGGAUCCGGCACCGUUCACCACGCCAUGACGCCCGCGCGUCCCCUACGCCGCGCUCGGCGGGGGGUUUCCCAGCACGAUCUGUCAACGAAGUACACAUCUGAACCCGCUCCACCGUCGCCUACACGCUGGGAAGAUACCCCGACUUCUCGAGUCCACAUGUGGUUCAUCUCCGCCCCCGACAGGCGCGCGGGCGGGCCCGGUGAGUACGAACGCACGUUCCGCACCCCGACGGGGACGCGCUCUGAAGUGAGAUCCGUGGGCACCGAACCUCCGCAGGCUGAUGCUUGCCGGUGCAGUGUGGCGAGCGACGGCGAUCACCUGGUCGUUUCAACUCAACUUCGUGCCCCAUUGAACAGCUCUAGAACGCCGCUCUCGCGCCUCGAGCACCGUCUCGUGCUCGCUAGAGCGGACGAGCGCGGGGCCGUGACGCAAUCCGCGAUAGGUGGCCGUGCGGCGCACCCACCGGCAGCAGUCGAUCUCAGCGCGGCCGAGUUAGAGACGACUGACCUCGCUCCGCCUUCUAGCGACUCUGCACCUCACCAUGUACAAGAAGCCAAGACUCGGUGGAAAGAAGCACUUCGUGUGGCGCGCGCGCUGCACACGAACCGAACACCGCGUCCUCUUCGUGACGUCAUGCACGCUCUGUUCCUACGCAUCAAUGCACCUCUUCAAUCUCUCGAGGACGAAGCGGCCUCGGAGCCGCCCCCGGCGCCGUCCACUCGCGCGGCGCCACCAUCACCUGCCUCGGAGGCGCGUCAUUGGUCCGGGGAAACGACAUCGCGGCAGGUCGACGUCGGGGGUAGCGGCGGCACGCAUCACUUUCUGCAGGCAUGCUUUCCUCCAUCAGAAGCCGAGGCCGUGGCCGACGUUCGUUGUAUUGCUUUCCAGGGCCGCCCGUCCUUCAGCUUCCCCUCCGACGUCCGUCCGAGCUGUGUCCCACCGUCGACGCACGUACGGCAGGCGACAUCGCAGACGCACCUCGUUCGCGCGUUACGUGACCGCCCGGGGUUCCACCCUGCCCGGCCCAGUUGCGUGCGUGGUUACGUCCGUUUGGCGUCUGCGCCCCCGGAGUUCAGAGGAGGGCGCGAGGCGUCUGUCACUGCGUUCGGCCUGGGGCGGCGUCGGCAACUAAACGUCACAGGGAGCGCGAGCUCUCCGAGCGUGCGCGCGCGCCGGGGCUCGGUCGCACCCGGAUGCCCGGGGGUCGCUGGGACUCCCUGCUGUCCGUCACGGUUACGGGGGGACGCUCGCAAGGAGAGAAUUCAGCCGGCCGUCGCCGAACCACGUAGUUACGUGCGCGUUGGCGUCCAACGACGGUCCGGCGAGAUCGUUGGCAGCGUGUGGAUCGGAUCUGUGGGGUGGGACGGAGCGGCGUAUGGGGAGCUGUCAAGAGGUGGUUGCGUAUCACUCGGACUGUUGCUUGCUGGGAGAGGCGGGUCGGCGUCCACUCCAUUCCGCAACACGAUGUGGGCAAAGAAAGCGGCCGCGAUACAACGAAGGCCGUCCACGGUCGACCCCGCGCGUGGACGUCGCGGGGGUUAUAACCCCAAAAACGGAAGGCGAGUGCGCAGGCGUCGAGAGCGCGAGGCACGGACUCCUCCGUGGACGUGGGCCUCGGCUCCUGCGACCGGAAGAUGGAGAGAACGCGCGGACCGGUACAGCAUCUCGGCCACUCCAGCGACAUGGCUUCCUCGUGAACCUUUGCGGAGGCGCCAACCGCCGCGGUUCGGGCGUCGACGAGGGAGGUACCCCCUCGCAGGGGGAGAAAGAGAGCCCGGCCGCAACACGCAGUGGGGUCCCACGAGCGUGUCCGCACCAAUCCUUCGAUUUCUCGCCGGGACGUGGGACAUGAUUCCCUGGUGCCUGGGCAGUGGGGCUUCGGGUUGGGAGCGUGAGAAGGAUCGACUUCUCGUGCAAGGAAAGCCCAGGAACCGGUUGGGUGCCAGUAUCGCACUGUGGCGUGCGCACCAUGCUCUCAAGAUGGAGCAAUCUGUUUCAGAGAUGAACGAGUAUUUCAGCUAUUCACAGGAGCGCACCAGGCUUGUCAUCCUAUCAAUCCAAGAAGCAGAAAAGGUUGAGAUGAGCGCGGUUGGUGUGGAAAAGAUGAUGUGCGGGACGGACGUUACGAUGGCCACGUGGCGCCUGCAUCUGCGCUUCAAGACACGAUACAAGUCUGGUAGAGAAGCGUUGCCACCAGAGCGUCAAGCCUCUACCGUGACCCCACUCGGGGUAGGGCCGGCGAUUCCCGCCAAACGGCGCCACUCGCAGGCAGACGUCUCGUCCGCGCCGAUCCCGGGCACGAACGCUCGCAGUGGGACGCGGCAGACGGCACGCGGCGAGGGAAGACGGCCCAGGAUGCGCCACCGCAUCGCGGGUGCGAGCAGUGGCGGACUGCCGGGUCCGCGGUGUGUUGUGACAGGUCUAGAAGGCCGCGGUCUAGCCUCGCGCGCGCCGGGAUCCAGAGCCGGGCUGGCGGUCGUGGUGCGGACGCCAGAAGAACGAACAGAGGGAGUCGCCGUCGCUGAGCCUGCCACGACUAGUUUCGAGUUUCACCACAAACACGCCCUCGCCCGGGCGCGGCCUAUCCACGCGCUUCAAGCCUGUUGGAUGAGCAGUCUGUUCGGGUGCUCGUUGAGUUCGAGCCCCGUUCUUGUUCCUCAUCCAAUCAUCGAAAUCACCCGCCGACCGCUGGGUGACCGCGUAAUAGCGGCAUGUGUCCCGAGCGCUCGGUGUAUACCGGAUGGGGACGGUCACCCGAGACGAUUGGUGAACCGGAGUCCGCGCCCACGAGGCUAUCGACGUCCCGCACUCGUGCGCGCCACUGACCUGGCUUACGUCGCCGCCUGGAUCUCAUUGGUCUCCCUUCUCAAACUAGCCCGCUGCUUUAAGCAUAAGCGCGGCGUGAGCAGCCGAACAACACCUGGGCUUGUACGUGAUCUUUACUCGUCCUGGCCUGAUUUCGGAGUAGCGCUCAGCCCUUCACAGCAGCUCAUCCGCCGCGCUCCUUGCGACCAUGCCCUGGCGUCUCAGCUGCCUCGCAGACGUACGAACACAGGGUCAUCCGUGAUGACCUCUUUCUCGUCCGCGAUUGACUGCACCUCUCUGCGGACUCGGACCCGCCCGAGCGCCAUCUCUUGUGCACCAACAUUUCGUACCAUUCGCCAGGACUCCAAUUGGCCCAACGGCGAUCCACGCGACUGCUUUCCGGCGGUUCAGACACGAAGGUUGAGCGGGGACAUUGAGAGCCCGCACGCACGGGCAUUAACACCCAGACGCCAUCCGAUCGAACUCCGCCCGCCGCACGUCUGCUCAGCUGAAGCGUCUCCUUCAGGCGAACCGAAUCCCAAGCCAUCUGGCUCUUCUCGUUUGCGGCCGCGACGCCCCAACGCCGAGCCCGGGCCCCGGCGGCGGACGCGGGGGCGCACGGGGAGUGCGCGAAGCGAGGGCGCCUCCGCUGAGCGCGCGGUCGAGUCGGGAAAUGGAGAGGGUGUGUUUGGAGGCGUCGGACGGUGGGCCGGCGGGAGUCACCGCGCUCGAGCCUGCAGAGGACGAAGAGAAGGGCGUGCGGAUCCGAGCGUGUGGGGCUGGAGUGCAGUGGGAUUCCAAUGGAAGACGCGCGAGCAUGCGGUGUACGGGCGACGUGAAAGUGUCCGAGGAUGUGGGCGGAGCAGGAUAGCGGGUGUCCUCGGAGGCGUUCGCCGCUCGCUCGCGACUCGCAAUGUCUGGCCGGGAAGAGGUGUGGGCAUCCCUGCGCUAGGCGGGGUUCCAGAACGGCCGGGGUGCCGCGCAGCUGCGCGAGAGCACGCGUACGCUUUCAGAUUGAGAUCCGUGCUCGGCUUAACCACAUCGACUUUGCCCACGAUCUCUCCCUCCAUCGCUCCACUGGUGAUGGUGCCGACGCCGAGAACAUACGCUUGGAAGAGUCUGGCACUGUUCAUCUAUUUUACGACGUGGGAGGGCCGGCGCAUGGACGACAAGGAAUGGCGUGAUCUGGUGUGCACGGAGUGGCCCCUUGUGAACCCGAGGGUACCGGCGCUGUGGUUGUCGAGGCGGAGCCUUUAG